AAGAUGGCUAUAAAAAGACUAAGUAAAUCAGUUAACUCCACAGUUUUCACAAAGGUCUCUUGACAUCAAAACUUUUAUCCUUACAUGCUUCACUGAUCCUGUGGCAAUGAAAAUUGACAUCCAUAGUCAUAUUCUACCAAAAGAAUGGCCAGAUCUAGAAAAGAGGUUUGGCUACGGAGGCUGGGUGCAGCUCCACCACCACAGCAAGGGAGAAGCAAAGAUGUUGAAAGAUGGGAAGGUCUUCAGAGUGGUGCAAGAGAAUUGCUGGGAUCCAGAAGUUCGUAUUAGAGAAAUGGACCAAAAAGGAGUAACAGUGCAAGCCCUUUCCACAGUUCCUGUCAUGUUUAGCUACUGGGCCAAACCUCAGGACACUUUAAACCUAUGCCAGCUUUUAAACAAUGACCUUGCCGCCACCGUUGCGAACUACCCCAGGAGGUUUGUGGGUCUGGGGACGUUGCCCAUGCAGGCCCCUGAGCUGGCGGUCAAGGAGAUGGAGCGCUGUGUGAAAGAGCUGGGCUUUCCUGGGGUCCAAAUUGGCUCCCACGUCAACGAGUGGGACCUGAACGCGCGGGAGCUCUUUCCUGUCUACGCGGCAGCUGAAAGGCUGAAGUGUUCCUUGUUCGUGCAUCCCUGGGACAUGCAGAUGGAUGGACGAAUGGCCAAAUACUGGCUCCCUUGGCUCAUAGGAAUGCCAACAGAGACCACAAUAGCCAUUUGUUCCAUGAUCAUGGGUGGAGUGUUUGAGAAGUUUCCCAAACUGAAAGUGUGUUUCGCACAUGGCGGUGGUACCUUCCCCUUCACAGUGGGAAGAAUCUCCCAUGGAUUUAGCAUGCGCCCAGAUCUGUGUGCCCAGGACAACCCAAUGAACCCAAAGAAAUACCUCGGUUCCUUUUACACAGAUGCUUUGGUUCAUGAUCCUCUGUCCCUCAAGCUGUUAACAGAUGUCAUAGGAAAGGACAAAGUCAUUUUGGGAACUGAUUACCCCUUUCCACUAGGUGAGCUAGAACCUGGAAAACUAAUAGAGUCCAUGGAAGAAUUUGAUGAAGAUACAAAGAAUAAACUCAAAGCUGACAAUGCCCUGGCAUUUUUGGGUCUUGAGAGAAAACAAUUUGAAUGACUGAAUUUACUACAAAGGCAAACUUUCAAAAGAAUAUCUCAUUUUUGUUUUUAAAUAUGUAUCAACAGGCAUUAACAAAAUCCUAUUUUGAACUAUUUUACUCAGAAAUAGAAUGUCUAAAACAUCCUAAAUUAUUCAUAAUAAAAAUGAUUCAUAAGUUUUCAUUCUGAAAAGCAGUACAUUAUUUCAUGUGCAAAUCAAAAAUUAUUUCCCCAGUGCCCUUUAAAUUAAUCUGAAGAAAUACAAAAUAAAAUGUCAUUAAUGAUUUAUAUGGAGAAAGAUUCAUCCUAAAGAGCUCAGGUAGGUUGUCCAUUUUGAAUAAAGAUAUGUGAAUUGGACUCAAAUAACCUAUUCCAUCCACCUUUAACACUUACCAUUAGCCCAGAAUUGGGCUGGAAAUGCUUUAGCCUCCCCAAAAUAAAUAACAUGAAUCUA